AUGUCUGAACAUCUGUCUAACGACCGUUCCCCUUCGGAAAUGCCUGCCGCAGAGGGGGCGACCCCGGUCGCAGGGGAGGCGGUCCCGGUCGCAGAGGCGGCGGCCCCGGGCGCAGGGGAGGCGGUCCCGGUCGCAGAGGCGGCGGCCCCGGGCGCAGGGGAGGCGGCCCCGGGCGCAGAGGAGGCGGUCCCGGUCGCAGAGGAGGCGGUCCCGGGCGCAGAGGAGGCGGUCCCGGUCGCAGAGGCGGCGGCCCCGGGCGCAGAGGAGGCGGCCCCGGGCGCAGAGGAGGCGGUCCCGGGCGCAGAGGAGGCGGCUCUGCCGGGCACCGUGGUGCCGGGCAGCUGCCCCGACCUACACAUUGGUGACUACGUCGGCUUCCAGCGCAUGGCACCGGUCAAAGAGUGGAAGCUGUCCCUUGGCAAGGUGGUCAGCUUUCCAUUGUCGCGCACCGUCAAGGUCGUCCUCUUUGAUGCGGUCAAUGAGGCGACGGUGGCGCGGGACCCCAUCUCCGAGGCGGCGGUUCGCCAGAAGGCUGAGGAGGACAAUAAGAUGGACAUCUGGCACAACCGCGAGGCGCUGCGGGAGGAGCUCGCCCAGGUAUGUGCAAAGGAAAGCGUUGCGACGCGGCGCCUCUUCGCCGCGCGCGACAAGACAGCGGAGCUUCAGACGACUAACUGCGAUAAAUUGGCGGAGACGUUGGAGAACCUCGAUAAAGCCCGUCAGGUUCUUCGUGAGGUUCCACAGACGGAGUGGGCUGACCUGCGUAGCUCAUUCCUCCCCACCCCCGAGGUGUUCGGUGUGAUGCGCUCUGUGAUGCUCAUCCUCUACGAAGACAGUGUCACCACGUGGGAGGAAAUCCAAGCAGUGGUGUGCCUCCCGGAUUUUUUUGAGCGCGUGAUGAGCUGGGACUGCACUGUAACCCCCAUGUCGCUGACGCGUCGCAGGAGGAUCACUGUGAUGUGCACCGGCAAGGAUGUGGAGGGCCCCUAUUCGGCGAAGAAGCGACGUCGUUCACGCACCCGUUCCCCGGCCCCUGCCGGCCCCCUCUCCGUCGCGGCAGCGAGUUCGAACGCGAGAAACCUUGCCACCCUCGACAAAUGCUUGCGUGCCUGGAUCAACGCGCAGAUCACCUGCUCUGAGGUUGCCCGUCAGCAGGAGAUUGCGGUCAAUAAGUGCUUCGCCGAGCAGCAGGAGCAGCGCGUGCUGCUGCGCGAGAUCAACGACAUGCGCCUGGGCAUCUCCUCCAUCGAGGUACAGAUGCUGGAGAUGAAGAAUGUCAUUCUUGGAAUCGACGACUCGCCAAAGCCGAUUAUGCCCCUCGAGGCGUACCCGAUCGACACGGUCUUCCACAAGCGCACCUACUCGAGCGCUGAGGGUCGCUAUGUACAGGAGCUCAUUCUGCGCGAUGCCGUCGUUAUCAACUUCGGCCCCAUAACUGAGGAGGAUGAGGAGGGUUACGUCCGCCUGAGCACCACCCAAGUGGACUGCCUGCGCAACUCCGUCAUGAACGCCAAUAUACGCCACGACGCAGAGGAGAUGGAGGAGCUACUGGCCAGAAAGGAGCGCGAAGAGAAGGAGAUUACCGAGCUCAAGAACCGCACCGAGCAGCUGCGCAACAAGCCGAUGCUCACGGCGGAAGAGGAGGAGGAGCUGAUGCAGCUGGAGAAGCUCUUAGCGGACGCCGAGCGCCGCCACCACGCGACGCUGUCUCGCAUUGCCGAUCUGUAUGCCUGCGGCCGCGGCGCGCGCGAGAUUACGCUGGCCAUUAAGCGCCCCAAUUUUUGCUACACCCGUCUCCACUGCAAGAUGUCUGGUGACUGGCGGAUGAUUCUCAACGACGCGGACUGCUACAACGAGAUGAUCUCCGCUUUCUGCGAGGACGUGUCGACCCUGCUUAACAUCCCUUCCGGCUACGUGCUCGACAUUGAUGCCUGCUGCGGCUCCUUGCUAAUUGACUUCACUGUGAAGCACAAUGGGGAGCGCGACGAUGAAUGCCUGCAGGACCUCAUCAACGGGGGCUGCUUCUCUGCCCUCUCCAUGUUCUACGAGAAGGUUACGUUCAAGAAGACUUCGCCCCUCAACACGAUCCAGCAGCAGGCGGCGUACGAUCUGGAGCAGCGCCUUGCUCAUCCGGUACCGAUCUCCGGCAUGGGAAUUAAGCAGACGCUGGAGGACUACUACUACGCUGACGGCACCCUGGAUGAAGGGUUCACCAAUAAGGUGAAGGCGCACCCGAACUACCGCCCGUCCGUCAUCAUGAUCCAGCUUCUACGAGAGGACUACGAUGAGUUGACUGUACGUGGCCCCUUUGAGCAGUGCGCCGAAGAUGAGGCCGAGGUGGACCUGGAGCUGGCGCAGGCCAGCCAGUGCAAGGCGGAGGAUAGGUCGGCCGGCGCGACACAGGCGAGUGCGGGCCUUUCUGACACGGCAGACGCCGCGCCUGAUAUAACGGAACCAACUCUAGAGAUGGAGGUGCGCGACCGCAAUGUAACUGAGGACGCUUCGCAGGAGGUUGCCAAUAAUAAGGCGACGCCUACCCGGGGCAGCAGCAAGGUAUCGUCCAUCGCGGCCUUAUCUUUGUCGUCGUCCGGAUCGAAGAGGUCGUCCAAGGCGUCUUCGAAGAAGCCCACGUCCUAG